CUCUACGAUCUUUCUCAAAUUGCUACAUGCAAAAAGUAGACUUCCAAACGUUGUCCUAUAUAGCUAUUUGCAUCCUGUUCUGUGUCUGCAUUACAUGGGGGACAAUGCCAUGCGUGGCCACAGUGACAGUAGGCCUACUGAACACAGUGUUUAUAGAAAAAAUAUACAACAUUCUAUUUCAUUUUGUGGCUUCCAAUAUGUAGCAAGAAGAUGGGCCUGGUUAUGUAAUAAAUUAAGAUAGUUCUUUAUUAAUCCCCAAAAGGGCACAUUUGAUUGAACCAGCCAAUACAUAACACCACCAAUAAAUACACAAUAAAACACAACAAAGGACACACUGACAUUAAAAGCAGCACAUCAACAAUGAAUAUAAGUGCUCAUGUUAAAAAGCCUCAUAGCAUAGAAUAGGUGGGUACAAGCAAUCGGUACAAGCAUUGCCAUAGGGACUGAGAAAUGAGCAUGGCGACUGUGAGAGAAAAGAAGGGGAUCGAGGUUGUUAUUUAAUAAUUGCAUUUACUGACCCUGAGGUGAAAAUAAUUGCCUUUUCCCCACAGUAGGCUAUUAAAGAAAACAAUGAGGUAAAAGUUGGAAGGAUCCUUUAAUAAUAAAUCAAAUGUAUUCAUAAAAUGAAAUGUUAUCAUUCAUUCAGUCACGGAUGUAUUACAUACAGCAGGCCUAUAUACAGUCAGACUGUGAUAAUUGACUUAAUCACCUGUGGGCUAACAAAGCCUGACGCAAUGUCCUGCCUCAUCACUCCAAUUACUGGUCUUGCAAGACACGUGUCUUCACUACACAAAGAAACCACACAAAUACCGCGCAAAAUAUUGCUUUUGUCACAGUUAUAUUGUUCAAUUGUGAAUCAUUUAACUAAUUAAAACACAGCAUAACCUGUAGCCUAACAAUGCUACUUAUGAUUUGUGUAAUUUUUGCAUUCUUUGCGCCAUAUUACCGAUGCCUUUCAACUCUCGUGCUGCAGAAAACCGCUCAAACUAGAGCACAAGAUGCCCUGCCUCGAGUCACCUGCACCGCCCGACGAAUACGCGCAGUUUUCGGUCAAGCGGUUCUUCAUAACCUACGCGUAAAAGACAGGUAUGGAGUCAGUGUGCCUGUGCCAAAAGCCAAAGAACAUUGUGGAGUGAGAAGGGGAGAAAAGAAUGGUACCCUUUCUUUCCAGAGUCGAUAUGACAGUUGUUACGCACAGGUUGAGGGUGACACAGUGGUUGUGUCUUUGAGAGUACAGCUGGACGCAGGGGAUCAAUGGUACAGGGUCAAUAUUAGCUGCCCCCUACUCAAGAAGACGGCCCAGAAACCCAUCAUCGGUCGCACCUCACGAUCAGGAAAAUGCAGCAUCCAUAGAGCUUUGCGUGUGGACUGUGGGCCCCAGGAUGUCUCCAAUGAUGACUGUCUCAAACUGGGAUGCUGCUAUGAUGAUCAUGACUCAACUUGCUAUUACAGAAUGAACACCUGUUCUCUGGAUGGCCAUUUUGUGUUCUCUGUGAAGGCGACAGACACUGACCCCCCAAUCAACCCCAACAACCUUGCCGUCAAGGGUCAGCCACAGUGCUCUCCUGUAGCUACCUCUGCAGAUACAGCUGUCUUUAAAAUCGGGGUGAGGGAGUGUGGCACAAAGAUGAUGGUGAAUGGGGAUGUUGUAAGCUAUGAGGUGGAGGUAGAGGAACUGCAUCCAAAGAUUACAGGCAAACAUUCUCCCUUCAGUCUGCAGGUCCAGUGUCAAUAUGAGGGGUCAGCUCUCCUCCACACUGAUCUGUGGUCCUUAAACCCAACUAACCCUCCACCUGUGACUGCACUGGGGACUGUCCGAGUGCAGAUGAGAAUAGCCACAGAUGAGUCCUUUACCUCUUUCCUCCCUGAGGACCAGCUGCCCCUGACCCUGUAUCUGCAUACGCCUGUGUAUGUGGAGGUGUCAAUCGCUCCACCCUCACCUGACCCCAGUCUCUCCCUGCGUGUGCGGGACUGCUUCGCCUACCCUGCCUCCAGACACUCCGUAUGGACACUACUCUAUGAUGGUUGUCCUAACCCUCUGGACAACGUGAGGAGUUCUAUCCCAGUGGACAGUCAGGGGAGGACAACCUCUCACUCCCAGGUCAGGAGGUUUGAUGUCAAGACCUUUUCCUUUGUGGACCCUGAGACGGGCAAUCCCAGUGUGGAGGAGGUGUACUUUUACUGCUGGGUGGAAAUCUGCACAGAGGAGGAAGAGUGUAAACAACACUGCUCCAUCACCUCACCUGAUGGUGAGAGGGCGAGGAGGGAGUCUGGGUCAGAUCGAGUCUCCCAGUUAGUCUCAUUUGGUCCUGUGUUGUUGGGUCAGAACAGUUCUGAACAGGAAGGGAAUCAUAGUGAUCUGAAUAUAGCAUUUCAGGUGUCAAUGUACUCUGUCACAGUCAUCUGUACCUCCAUCCUGUUCUUCCUCCUGUUCUCUUCGCGGUCGAUGAGUUGUCAAGUGGCAGAAAAUGACGUGGAAAUGGAAACCAGAAACAAUGAGACUAGCCUGCAGGUUGAACAAGCCCAAUAAAGCACCUCUAUGAACACU